GUGAGGUGUAGGGAAAAUAAACGUCAGCAUUGAUUGUACAUGACUUGACUGUAGAGGAAACAGCAGUUAGAAUACAAAUAAGAGCAUUAUGAUUAAGCUGAACACAACUUUGUGUGUUGCUGGUGCCGUACUUCUCAACUUAGCUGGCUCGCUCUGUCAGUUGGAUGUGUGUGGCCAAGCUCCCCUCAACAACAGGAUUGUUGGAGGGCAGGAUGCAAGUGAAGGAGCUUGGCCCUGGCAAGUCAGCAUUCAAAGUGCUAGAGGCCAUUUCUGUGGUGGGAGCCUUAUCAAUAAGGACUGGGUUUUGUCUGCAGCUCACUGCUUUCAGAGCAUCUACUGGAAUACCAUUACAAUCUACUUGGGACGUCAGAGCCAAGUAUCUGGCUCAAAUCCAAAUGAGGUCUCUAGGAGAGUGAGUCAAAUUAUCAACCAUCCAAACUAUAACAAUCCCAGUAAUGACAAUGACAUAGCAUUGGUCCAGCUCUCCUCUUCUGUGACGUUCUCUGAUUAUAUUAAGCCAGUCUGCCUGGCUGCUGCUGGUAGUAUAUUUGGUGCUGGUACUGCUAGCUGGGUCACUGGAUGGGGCACUCUUAAUUCUGGAGACACCCAGCUACCCAACAUACUGCAGGAGGUGAAAAUACCAAUUGUGAGCAACAGUGACUGUGAUAAUGCCUAUGGAGGUGGCAUCACAAACAAUAUGAUUUGUGCUGGACUGUUAAAUCAGGGAGGGAAAGACUCAUGCCAGGACGAUUCUGGAGGUCCGAUGGUCAGUAAGAACGGCUCUCUGUGGAUUCAGUCUGGCAUUGUGAGUUUUGGUAUAGGAUGUGCAGAUCCCAGUUUUCCUGGUGUGUAUGCAAGAGUGUCUCAAUACCAGAACUGGAUCAACUCUUACAUAACCAGCAACCAGCCGGGAUUUGUCAAAUUCAUCUCCAAUGGAUCCAGCAGAGGCUUACCCAAGCUCCUUCCCCUCACAUUCUUCAUCAUCCCUCUAAUCUCUUUUUAUUAAAGAUGAGUUUAUUUGAACAUUAUUUAUUAGAGUUCUUUGAUUAAAAAAAGACAAUUGUGCUGCACACACUCUUAUAAAUGGGAUAAAAGGGCAUAUAUAUUUGUCUUUUUUUAACAUUUUAAAAUGUAGAAUUCUUUCAAAUCUAAUGUUAUUACUGAGGCAUGUUUAUUUAUUUUAAGUUGAUCAUGCAAUUGCAAUUAUAAGAGCUCACAAUAAGUGAGCUCUAAUAAUCUGAUGUUCAGAAUAAUUGUAAAAUCAAAGUACAGUGCACUGAUCUGAUAUUUGGCCUAAAUAUGAGACAUAAAUUGACCAUUAACCCUAUUUUGCGUUUUAUGUAAACAGACACCUUUACCGCCAUUCUUACCUGCUUUUCCAAUGUCCUCAAGUGUUGUGUUUAUGCUUUAACACCAAAAGCAGAGAAUAAUCGGAUGAUUUCAAAUCUCAGGUAAACAAGUUUUUUUGGUAGAUAUCAGCAUAUUGUUAUGCAGGUAAAUGUGCUAAUUGAAAGGAACCAAAACAAAUGCACUGCAGCACAUUUGUAUGUUGAUAAAAAUUAUUUAACCAUAGCCACAUUUAACCAACCUUGUUGAAAAGAUCAUUGAUGGUCAUAAUCAUAGAA